CCACAGUUAUCUCAUUCAGUCUCUCCGAUUCAAACAAACAAAACAAACAAACAAAUAUAUUUUCUUUUGAUUAUAUCAUGAUGAAGAAUACUCAAGAACCUCAAUCAUCUUCGUCUUUCGUGAAGUUCUGUCGGAAACUGUCACCUAAGAGAAAAGAUUCACCAGCAGAAAGUACACAACAUAACAUCAAUGAUGAUCAGGACAAGAACAAAGACUUAGAGGCUGUCUUUGCUUACAUGGACGAAAACAAAGACGGUAGAAUAUCUCCGCAUGAGCUUCAAAAGAGUUUCAUGACAUUAGGAGAGCAACUAUCGGACGAAGAAGCCGAAGCUGCGGUUAGAUUGUCUGAUACAGACGGAGACGGGAUGUUGGAUUUUCAAGAGUUUGCUCAGUUAAUCAAAGGAGAUGAUGAUCAGGACGAGAAGAAGACUGAGCUCAAGGAAGCUUUUAGAAUGUAUAUAGCAGAAGGGGAAGAGUGUAUUACUCCGAGAAGCUUGAAGACGAUGCUAAAGAAGCUGGGUGAGUCAAGAACCACUGAUGAUUGUAGAGUUAUGAUUCGUGCUUUUGAUCUCAAUGCUGAUGGAGUAUUGAGCUUUGAUGAGUUUGCUCUUAUGAUGCGUUAAAGAGUUUAUUAUAGUCACUUGUAGCUUCUCUUUUUUCAUUGAUGUAUAUAUACAUACGGCUUGUGACGCAAUAAACAAGAUUGUUAUUUGAUUAAAAUCAAUAUUUAGACCUUUGUUAUACUUA